AUGACAUCCAUUCAAGUUAUAGAUUACAAUAAUUAUCAUGUUCUGUUUUUUACCCCCACAAAAUGUCCACUUAUCCCACACUGCGAUUACCCCACAUUGCUUGUCUUGACCUUCUUCUUCAAAGCUUGCCGUCUGCUUGGCACAAUGGACGAGUCCAAAACGAAGUCCAGUAAGCGGCGUCUGUCCAUUUCAGAGACGGCAGGCGGUGCAGGUCAGGGAAAUGAGGACGGCCGAGAGGCCAAACGAGUUUCAGCUCAAUCCGGCCCAGCUGCCCGGAGGCCCCCCAAUCCACUAGACGCCAAGUCAAAUGCUGCUGCACUACAGAAAACACCAACAGCUUCGUCUUCUGUGGACAAAGGACUCGUUCUACCCUUUACUGUCGGUGGAUAUGGCGGAUUUUAUGACAAGCGUGGUGGUUGUCUUUUGUUUACAAAACAAAUGGUAACGGUAAGGUACCGCGACUGUCAGACAGAAAUUACAAUUCCUGUGAAUUUAUUAAAACAUUGCUAUUGGAUUCAAGGCUGGGAGGAAACGGGUUUUUGUUCGAGGGUUCAUGCUCUGCAGUUGACGCUUAAGACACGCGAUAUGACUCGUGUUUCGCGUGGUGAUUCUUCAACUUUACUCUUUUUGUAUGAACCAAAGGACUUUCCUAUAGCUCAAAGUGCUGUGAAUUUGUUGGGAGAUACACCAAUAAAGGCGCCGGGCUCCCUGGAGGAGUUUCGCCGUUUAUUAGUAUUGAAAUGCCCUGACAAGCCUCGUACAUCAGAUGCUGCAAACAAUGACCAAACAAUAAAUAGACAACAGGCUUUGAAAUCAACACUUAGUGCCCAGUUAAACACACCUGAGCGACAGCAUCCAUUUUCGCAGCAACAGAAACCAAAAGAGACACUACCUGAAAGUGCUCCUGUGCGUAUUCUUCCCCCGAGUCUUCGCCAGGAAACAAAACCUAUAGACACACCUCCACUGCACACACCUUCAUCAAACAAAACAUCGUCCCUCUUGCCAUCUUCAUCGACCACAACGAGUUCGUCCUCUAGUUCCAUGCCUUCAUCUACACACACCGCAAAGUCCACAUUCAGUUCUUCCGACGUUUCCUAUCCUUCGCCAUUUCCCGUUUUUACACCUACUUCAGACUCCCUUGCACACAUAACCCUCUCUCCUACAAAGCAAGCUCCCGUAACCACUAAUGCGGAUUCGCGUCUAGAGUCACAAACGUUGCUUGUUUUCCCUCCCCAUGGUCCAAACGCUGUGUCCAUAACUCCUUCCGACGUUCUAAGACUAAAGGACGGUGAAUUUUUAAAUGAUACUAUUGUUGAUUUUUAUUUACGUUAUUUGUACUCUCAACUUGAAAUCGAACAUCCCGAACUCGCCCAGGCGACGCACAUUUUCAAUACCUAUUUCUUUAAUCGGCUUGUGUCCAAAGACAAGCAUGGGAAACAGCUUGGUCAUUCCGGUGUUCGCAAAUGGACAGCGAAAAUUGAUCUGUUUACAAAAAAGUACAUCGUCGUCCCGGUGAAUGAAGAUUUCCAUUGGUAUCUUGCAAUCAUUUGUAAUGUCGAUAAACUUAUUGGUUCAAACUCGACAGCUACGGAGCCUUCUGAGACUCGUGUACGGAGUUCAAACCGGUCGCCUCUCAGUAGUACAAGCCCUGUCAUACUCCUUUUCGACUCAUUAUCCAACAUGCAUAAAAGCACCUUGCGUUACUUAAGAGAGUAUAUCAUUGACGAAGCUCGAGAACGGAAGCAUGUUGAACUGUCUCCGUACUCACUUCGAGGCUUUCAUGCUAAAGUUCCGCAACAAAGUAACUUUUCCGAUUGUGGAGUGUACACUUUACAUUAUGUUGAACUUUUCUUGUCCUCACCCAGCCAAAUUCUUAGUGACAUUCUUGAUCGGCCUACCUUAGCUUCAAAUAGACGGCAUCAGAAGAGCUUUAAUGACUUUUGGAAUGUCAAGCGUAUAUCCUCCAGGCGAGACGAGAUGAAAAAUCUUAUUAAAACCUUGUCUAAGGAAUGGCUUGCAAGUAAGGAACAAACACGCCGGACGUCUACUGGGGACGAGCCGCCGUCAGCUACUAACGGUAAUUCGAGUAGCAGAAGUUCUGAACCAACAAGUAAUGACCAUGACACAAGUAAAGAAGAUGACGAUGACGACGACUUAACCGUGUUGUAG